UCUGAUCCACAGUCCGCCACAAACACGCAGUCCAUGGAGCAGCAAAGCCUCAGGCGACCGUAGACGCUGACCAGACGUGGACGUCGACACGCGGCGGGUUGACUCAGGUAAGAGCGUGUGUGUCAUGUUGUUGGCUCGUCUGGCUCUUUAUCUCGCAGACAAUUGCUGAGGUCCUCCCACCGGCGUGAGUCUAUUUAAACGCGUACAAAGGGUUUGGUGGGCAGUGAGAGGGAGCAGGGCGCCACGCAGAUAGAAAGACAGACUCCACAGCGCGUGCCAGCUCUGGCCAAGGCUGCUGCCAUGCCUCUUCUGGAAAAGACACCCCAAGAGCAGCCUCCAACGUUCCCCGUGGUCAUCAUAGGCAAUGGGCCAUCAGGGAUCUGCCUGUCCUACCUGCUGAGUGGGCAUAAACCUUACUUGGAUCCCACAACUGUUCACCCAAACCCAAUUCUCUACAGGAAACUGGAGGAGACCAAGCAUCUGUCCAUCACUGAGCAGGAUCUUGAGUACCUGAGCGAAGGGUUGGAGGGGAGGUCAGGAAACCCAGUCGCUGUUCUGUUCGACACACUGCUGCACCCAAAUGCAGACUUCGGCUAUGAGUUCCCAUCUGUCCUUCAGUGGAGGAGGGACAAGCAGCAACGCAUUCCUCAUCUGGUCCUGGGAAAGGGGACCCCUGGUGGUGCAUGGCAUGCGAUGGAAGGCUCCAUGUUGACCAUCAGUCUUGGCGUCUGGAUGGAGCUCCCUGGGGUCAACUACAGGGACUUGGCUAAUGGGAAAAGAAGGGAUGUGACCAGCGACAGAGCGACGCCCGAAGAGAUCUCAUCCUACUACCAAAACUAUGUGAAGCUGAAGGGCCUCCAGAAAAACUUUGUGGACAACACCUACGUGACCUCCGUCCAGAAGCUCUGCCGAGCACCCAAAGUGGAGGGUCUGGAUCGCGGGCUGGCCAGCGCAGCCGAGGACGAUGGUGAGCAAGGUUCCAGAGAAGAAGACUGUGUGAGGAACGGUGGUGACUGCGCAGUGUGGGAAGUGAGGGGCUACCAGCAGCUGCAGAACGACUCCCACAUACCAUUCUCUCUGUUCUCGGAGAACGUGGUUCUGGCCACGGGUGCGUCUGAUUCUCCAGUGCGUCUGAACGUGGAAGGCGAGGACCUCCCAUUCGUGUUUCACACCAUCUCGGAGCUAGGUCUGGCCGUGACCCAGCGGAAGCUGGACGCAAACUCUGAUCCGGUCUUGGUUGUAGGAGCCGGUCUGAGUGCUGCUGAUGCAGUUUUGUGUGCCUGCGAGAGCAACGUCAGGGUCCUGCACGUGUUUCGUAAAACUGUGGACGACAGUGACUUGAUCUUCAAGCAGCUCCCUAAGACCCUCUACCCAGAAUACCACAAGGUCUACAGCAUGAUGUGUUCUCAGACCUACGUGAACUCGCCGUCGCAGCAACGGCCCCCGCUGACCAGCGUCGCCUCUUCAGUCUGUGCCAAGAUAUGCCAGAAGCCGCAGCUAGUCCGAGGUGGUGGCCUGUUCCCAGACUACACCAGUUUCCCAGAACACUGCGUGGUCUCAUUCCAGUCUGAUAAGAAGUGUCUGCUGCAAGGGAACAACUCUCUCAAGGCGUUUAAGAUCUCCAUGGCUCUGGUGCUUAUCGGGACCAACCCAAACUUGUUUUUCCUGAAAGGUCAAGGUCAGUAUCUCGGCCUCGACCCGGAAAAACCCAUCUCCUGUAAGCAGAACCCCAUCGACAUCAACCCCUUCACGUUUGAGUGCACAAAAGAGCCGGGACUGUUCGCCAUGGGACCUCUGGUGGGAGACAACUUUGUUCGCUUUUUGAAAGGGGGCGCUUUGGGGAUCACUUCCUGUCUCCUGAAGAGACUCAAGAAGAAGGAGACGCUCAUCAGCAGCGGCGGAAACAACUUCAUAUGACUCACUUGUUCAGACGUUUUUACCGUCUAAAUAAUUUGGGGUGCAUGGUGUUUUACAGCAUAGAGCCUUUAAACAGACUUCAGGAGUGUGUGCCAUUGCAAAUUUGUGACGUCACAAACCCGGUUUUCUCCAACGUUCCCACCACUUAAGCUCAGGCUGCUCCAAAAAUGCAAACGCAUUUGCUUAAGAUAGGAGUCUCUGCUGAUCUCUCAUCCGUUUUUUUAAACUGAAUGGGCUCAAUAUGUAAAACAAUGUUCAUGCCAUUUAAAGGCAGCCGAAGUGUCACCCAACAAUCAAUCUGUUUGACUGUUGCAGUUAUUUCUUCCCUUGAAAACAGAGUUGCUCCUAUGCAAAUGUUUUUUUUUUAUAGUUUGAAUGUAUUCAUCGUUGCCUGACCUUGAAGACUGUGAAUCACAACCAACACAUGAGGACAUCAUGAUGACCCUGACAUUUUUUAAAGUUGCCUCAGCGAUGUCAAAAAAGGGAGCUAGCGAUUCAAUCCUGGCGUAGCUUGAGGUUAAAAUAGCUUGUCACUAAUUGACAAUACUCCCAAGAGGAACAUUCAAUACAACAACAGCUAGCCUCCGUGGUCUUGUUUGAAGUAGUUGCCAGGAUAUCACCCCUUAGUGACGUCACUGUCGUCGUCCCAAAACAUGUCUUGGCUUUGCACGUGUCUUGGAGAGUAGCUGUAUGAUAGAUAAAUUGAUCAUAAUCCAGCAGUGUCAGCACCAAAAUAAGAUCUAUUUUGUUGCCUCAGACUGAAGAGUCCAAGUUCUGGCUGCUGUGUAAUGAUUAUUUUCAUUGUAUCUCAGUACAUUGUUUUCAGUAGGACAACACAGAGAUGAUAUUUGGUAACAAAAUGUGUAAAAAUGAAGAUCUCAUGCCGCAUUUAAUAAGUUAGUGUGAAUUAAGAGUGAUGAGAGGUUUUUGUUUUGUUAAGCAGCAUAUAACUUGAAGGUGCCUUGAAGAGGAAGUUGAAUUAUGAGUUGAAAAAAGUUUGGUCAACAUUCAUUUAAAGAAUGUGUGGAUAUAUUAUGUUAUACCAAAAGCCGCCUGAAUGCUAAUUUGAUGAGCCAUUUCUCUCAGAUUAAAAAAAAAAAAAAGGUAGCAAUGUUCUUAACGUUUUAUUAAAGUUAAAGUAGCCGACAUUUUGGGUUUUUUAAACCUCAAGUUCACAAAGGAUUCAUGUGGCGGAUGUUUGAAACGUGCCAUAUUUAUGCUCGACUAAAAAUACACACAGGUUUUCUGUGUCUUUCAUAUGACAAUAUAUUAAAGUCUAUUUUAGUUCAUGAUCUGGGUUUUUGAUAGUCACCUUUUCACGAUAGGCUGGGUGUGAAACUUUCAAGUUCAAUACGAAGCUGGGUGAGUGAUCGUGUGAUCUCUGGUGGGAUAGGGAAUUUAUAAUGAUGCGUCUUGUCUUCAAUCAAUUCAACUAUUUUGAAUUAAUGGCAGGCCUGGGAUUUAAAACAGUAGAGAAGAAACACAAGCGUACAUUCACCACAAAAGAAGUCAACCUCCAAACUCUGCGGUUAAUGUUUCGGCACUCUAUUUAUUUAUUUAUUUCAGAUAACAGCCAAAGUGCCUGAGAGAUUGCUUCAACUUGACACUCUUAUUUACAGGACAUGUUUGAAACAUGGAUGAGCUCCAACCCUCUUGUGCAUGAGGGGUGCAUGUUUUUUUUUUGUUGUUGUUGACCAAAUAAAACUUUCA